UUUUUUUAAAAAGAGAAAAAAGUGUGGAGAAAUGAAAAAGUUAAUAAUAUUGAGUUUGUUUAUUUUGGAAAUUACAGCCAAUCCUACACCGAGGAGAUUCGUAUCUACAGCUGAAAGAGUUACUGGCCAUGGUUAUCCUUUGGAAGAACAUAAAGUUCAAACAAGUGACGGUUACGUAUUAACUAUGUUUAGAAUUCCGUAUUCUCCGACAUUGAACAACAAAUAUGAGACUAAUAAGAAAGUAGUAUUUUUAAUGCAUGGGUUACUUAGUUCAUCAGAUUCUUGGGUUCUAAAUGGACCUAAUGAUGCAAUGGCGUUUAUGAUGGCAGAUGCUGGAUAUGAUGUGUGGAUGGGAAAUGCUCGUGGUAAUGUAUACUCUAAGAAACAUGCCUCAAUAUCUCCUUUGCUACCUUCAUUUUGGGACUUCGAUUGGCAUGAAAUUGCAUUAUAUGACUUGCCUGCAAUGAUCGAUUAUACACUUUAUCAAACCGGGCAAGAUGGAAUUCACUACAUUGGUCAUUCCCAAGGCACCACCGUUUUCAUGGUCUUGCUUUCAACUAUUCCUAGAUACAAUGAAAAAAUAAAAACAUCUCACCUUCUGGCCCCUGUAGGGUUUAUGAAUAAUAUGCAGUCCCCACUUGCAAAAAUUGCUGCCCCAUUUUUAGGCCAUCCCAGUUUGUUGGCUGAACUUAUAGGGAGCUCCGAAUUUAUGCCUAGCAACAAGUUGAUUACUAUGUUAGGCCCAGAAAUAUGCCAGGAAAAAUCUCCUUUCAUUCCAAUGUGUAGUAAUAUUUUAUUUUUAAUUGGUGGGUGGGACUCUUCCCAUUUUAACUAUACUUUAAUGGAGGACACAAUGGAAACACAUCCCGCUGGUUCAUCUACUGGUCAACUAAUCCACUACCUACAGGAGUAUGAGUCCGGCUUUUUUAGAAACUAUGACCAUGGAAGAAUAAGAAACAAGAAAAUAUACGGCACCAAAGUAGCACCAGAUUAUUUCGUUCAAAACAUUCACCCAUCAACCCCAAUAAAUUUUUUCUAUAGCGACAACGAUUAUUUUUCAGCCGUAGAAGAUGUACAUCGUAUGGCUGAUAUCUUAGGAAAACAUGUUAAGCUAUUUCGCGUCAGUUAUACUGAUUAUAAUCAUUUAGACUUUUUAUGGGCCAUCGAUAUUAAAGACGUUAUUAAUGCUUGUGUUGUAGAUUUAGUUAAUGAAUAUGAAAAUAGACCAUUUAAGGGUAACUUAUGUAAAUAUUUCAUAUAGAUAAUGUAAACUUUAAAAAUUUUAAAUUAAAAAA